GGGGUCUUACAGCUCAUUGGUCGAGAAAAAUGGAAUCAGAUGACGUGUUAGUUCCGGGUUCUGAGUCCUUAGAGGAGGUAACUGUCGGUCAUUCGAAUACUGACACGAGUCACGUCAAGCCGGGUUUUCGCUGCUCGAGAUCAAGGCUCUGGCAUCUGGAAGAGAGUGGACAGCAAGCCAUUUCUGGGCUUCUAAGGCCCAAAGUUGUUUCCUACCCUUAUUAAGAGCAGCUCCCCAUCCGAAGCAGGAUUCCUCCCUGCCACUCUGCGCCUCCCCCUCCCCACACACCACACACUCCUCCUGUAACGGUAUGGGUUUUCAGUCAGAUUCCGUCCUCCUUUUUCCGGUCCACCUUGUGGUGUGGCUCUACUCUCUCCUCUCCUUCCUACCAUGGUACUACAUCACUGGUGCUGGCCAGAGGAACACUAUGUCCAAGCGGGUCAAGGCCCGCUCCACUUCCGGCUGUGCCGAGGGACCUUAUCGCUCUGUGGACCACUUUGACACUCUGGCCAAGGAAGACCUGCCCGGCAAGGACACGCUAGAUAAGUUGUUCGCAUUUGCCGUAGAACGCUUCGGAGACGCGCCUAGUCUUGGCACCCGAGAUGUGCUGAGUGAGGAAAACGAGAUCCAGCCCAACGGCAAAGUUUUUAAAAAACUGAUCCUCGGUGAUUAUAAAUGGCUGUCCUACAAUCAGUUGGACUCCCUUGUCAAUCAGUUUGGAAGAGGAUUGGCAGCUCUUGGCCAGCAACCCAAAAGUACCAUUGCAAUCUUUUGUGAGACCAGAGCAGAAUGGAUGAUAACUGCCCAAACGUGCUUCAGACAUAAUUUCCCACUGGUGACAUUCUAUGCGACAUUGGGAGAGGAUGCAAUUGCAUUUGGGCUGAAUGAAACUGGAGUUUCACAUCUUAUUACCAGUGCAGAACUGCUGGAGACUAAACUGAAAAAUGUGCUUCCAACUAUCCCAAAACUGAAACACAUCAUCUAUGUGGACCAGAGGAAAGUGACCACAGAAGGCUACCCAGCAGGAAUCUCUAUCCACAGCAUGCAAGCGGUUCAGAAUCUGGGCACACUGCCUGAAAAUAUGGGACAAGAAAUUGUAAAGCCCCUGCCGUCUGACUUGGCUGUGGUGAUGUACACCAGCGGCUCCACUGGGCGUCCCAAAGGAGUCAUGAUUGUCCACAGUAAUUUGAUUGCAGGAAUGACGGGCCAAUGUGAACGCAUCCCAGGACUCGGCCCCGAGGACAUUUACAUCGGCUAUUUGCCUUUGGCUCAUGUGCUGGAGAUGACCGCGGAGAUCAGCUGUGUCACGUAUGGAUGUCCGAUCGGCUACUCUUCCCCACACACGCUGUCUGAUCAGUCUUCAAAAAUAAAGAAAGGAAGCAAGGGAGACUCCACUGUGCUUAAACCCACGCUAAUGGCAGCUGUGCCGGAAAUUUUGGAUCGCAUAAACAAGAAUGUGAUGGGCAAAGUGCAGGAGAUGAGCUAUUUUCAGAAGAAGCUGUUCAACAUGGGCUACCAGUACAAACUAAAGCAGAUCAAUAAAGGCUACGACGCACCGCUCUGCAAUGCCCUGUUGUUCUCCAAAGUGAAGAAGCUGCUGGGCGGGCGAGUGAGGUUAAUGCUGUCGGGUGGAGCUCCUCUGUCUUCAGCCACGCAGAGGUUCAUGAACGUGUGCUUCUGCUGCCCCGUGGGUCAAGGCUACGGCCUCACUGAAACCUGUGGAGCAGGCACCAUCACUGAGGUCGCAGACAAUAGCACCGGGCGUGUCGGCGCGCCACUUAUUUGCUGUGAGUUCAGACUGCGGGACUGGGCUGAAGGCGGCUACACCAGCAAAGAUAAACCCAACCCAAGAGGAGAGGUCCUGAUCGGCGGGCCUAAUGUGACCAUGGGUUACUACAAGUACGAGAGCAAGGAUGAGGACUUUUUCGUGGACGAGAAGGGUCAGAGAUGGUUUUGCACUGGAGAUGUUGGCGAGGUUCACCCAGAUGGCUGUCUGCAAAUAGUUGACCGCAAGAAAGACCUGGUCAAACUGCAGGCAGGGGAGUAUGUGUCUCUUGGUAAGGUGGAGUCUGCCCUGAAGAACAGCUCCCUCAUCGACAACAUCUGUGUCUAUGCAAACAGUGACCAGAACUACAUCAUCAGCUUUGUAGUUCCCAACCAGAAGCGGUUGAUGGAACUGGCCAAGCAGAGAGGAUUGGCUAUCCAAUGGGAAGAAAUCUGCACUCAUCCCGACAUGGAGAAAGAGGUCCUGAAGGAGAUCAAGGAGGUUGCUGCUAAAAUUAAACUGCAGCGCUUCGAAAUUCCCGCGAAGGUCCAUCUGAGCCCAGAGCCGUGGACGCCUGAGAUGGGUCUCGUCACUGAUGCGUUCAAGCUAAAGCGCAAAGAGCUGAAGAACCACUAUCGCCACCACAUAGAGAGAAUGUACGGGGCCAAAUAACGCCCAGGUUGUCCUCCCAGAGGCUUUAUUCUCGCUUGACCACUCUUGCCUGUAAAUAGUUUUUUCCAGUGACGUUUGUGAGUUUCUCAUGCGGUCUGUGUUCGAGGUAUACAAAUAAAAACGGGCUCAACGGGGAAGUUGCAGCCGUCGAUCCGCAGGAUAGGGUUAUUAAAAGAUGUGCUAGGGUAGCUGCUGCUUUGAAGGAAUUCGAUUGUCACCCGCGCUCCUCCACGCGUUGUUAAUAAUGUGCUAAGUUACCGUCACGGAAUCUGAAUGAUUGUCGCUCUUUUGUAGUCGGGGAAAAGCGGACGUUACCGUGCCUUCGGUUUUGCAGAACUUGUCAUCGGCACAUUUGUGUGGCAUUUUGAUGAAAACCAGUCAAAUGUUUCGACAGCCACGUGAAAAGUUUACAUGAAGCACUAGGUCAACGACACCCCUACCCAGAGAUAUGCUAGAAGAACUUUGACUUAAUUUAUUUUGGCUAUUUGUAUUUAUUUAUGUCCAUUAAUGCUGAAAAAAAGACCAAAUGUGUAACCACAAAUGACUCAGGAACAUCCAACAGCAAUUUUUUUUUUUUUUUUUGGACACUGCCAAAAGUGGGUUGCUUGCAAAUAAAAGCUGCAGGAUUGGUGGUUGAAGAACAUUUGGAGGCAGCAGCUGCAGUUACAGCCUUUACAAAGGGGAAAUUGACCAUGUCAAUGUUUUAUGUAUUUUCACAACUGUUUGUAUACUUUACACAAACCACUUCAUUCUGAUCACAGGCCUUAUUGUUCAAGCUUUUCCUGAAAAUAAAUAUCUUUUCAUAACAAC